AAACCAAAAAAAAUAUGGCACGUGUGAGGCGUGGAUGCAAUAUUACACUCAAAAACGUUGGUCAGCGAUUCACGGUAAACAGUCGUGCCGUUCAUGCUGAGUAAUGACACUGGCUUUGCUCAUUUCUAUACAGAUAUAGCGAUCACGAAAUGGAGAAGAGUCAGUUACAGACGCUGUUGCGAAACGACGUCGUCCUUAUCCUCUCACACACUCCAACGCGCUAUCACAAUCCUCCACCUCAAGCCACCCCUUCCACCUCCCUCACCCCUACACCGAUCUUACUUUCCAAACCCUAAUGGCUCCAUCCUCAUCUUCCGAAGGGCUGAUACUCGUGAAUCGUGAGCCGAGCGGCAUCGCCUUCGUGACGAUCAAUCGGCCGCAGCUGCUGAACUCGCUGACCAGGCCGAUGAUGGUCGAUCUGGCGCGGGCGUUCAAGAGCCUCGACGCCGACGAUUUGGUUCGGGUCAUUGUGAUCACUGGAUCGGGUCGGGCGUUCUGUUCCGGCGUGGAUCUUACGGCGGCGGAGGAAGUGUUCAAAGGCGAUGUGAAGGACGUGGAGAUCGAUCCGGUGGUGCAGAUGGAGCGGUGCCGGAAACCGAUUGUUGGCGCCAUCGGAGGGUUUGCGGUUACUGCUGGAUUCGAAAUUGCUCUCGCUUGUGAUAUCUUGGUUGCUGUUAAAGGAACCAAGUUCAUCGACACUCAUGCUAGGUUUGGGAUAUUUCCUUCAUGGGGUCUCUCGCAGAAGCUCUCACGGAUUAUAGGAGCCAACAGAGCUCGUGAAGUGUCUUUAACAGCUAUGCCUGUGACUGCAGAACAAGCUGAGAGGUGGGGAUUUGUGAACCAUGUUGUUGAAGGAAGUGAACUCUUGAAGAAAGCUCGAGAAGUUGCAGAGGCCAUUAUAAAAAAUAAUCAAGAUUUGGUGAUGAGGUACAAGUCAGUUAUAAACGAUGGCCUCAAACUGGACUUGGGUCAUGCUCUUGCUCUAGAAAAGGAGAGGGCUCACAACUAUUAUAACGGAAUGACCAAGGAGCAGUUUAAGAAGAUGCAGGAAUUUAUAGCAGGUCGGAGCUCAAAGAAACCUUCCCCCAAGUUGUAGAUUCACUUCUGUUUGACUUGUAAAAAUAAAUUAGUUGGGCCACCAAGGGACAGAGAAAUGAUAAGCAACGAACUAGCCUGGUUGCCCAACUUUGUCAUUAUGCAAUGAUAUUCCCAAUUGGCCAUUCACUGCUGUCUGUUAAUAAUAAGAUGCUCUUGUUCAAGUUGCCAAA